AUGCAGGAGCUGGUGAGCGAUGUGCUGGAAGCCCUGGACCCAUUGGCAAAAGAAAAGGGCGUCACCAUGAAAUUCCAGCAACCCGAUAGCAUGUUUGUGAUCCAGUGUGAUAAGGAUAUGAUCAAACAGGUAUUGUAUAACCUGGUGGCCAAUGCCCUGAAAUUUGUACCGGACCAAGGCGGGGAGAUCGAUCUGAAGAUGCGUAUGGACUAUGAUGAAUUACAGGUGUGGGUGGCAGACAAUGGAAAGGGCAUACCCGCAGAGCUGCAUGAGCUGAUCUUCGAUAAAUUCUUCCAGGCCCGCAACCAGACCCUUCAAAAACCGGUUGGUAGCGGACUGGGGCUGGCCAUCUGCCAGAAGAUCAUCGGGCUGCACAACGGCCGUAUAUGGGUGGAGCAUAAUGAACCGGCAGGGGCUCGUUUUAUGUUCACCUUACCCGGCGGCCUGGAUGUUCCGUUUGCUUAA